AUGCAUAUAGGUAAAGAAAGUUAUAAUUCAUUAAAUUAUAUUUAUCUAAAAUUUGCUCAUAAGCUUCUAAAAUUAAAAGAUAAUGGAUUUGUUAAUAAAAUAGAAAUUAUAUGGCUUGUAAAGUUUUUUCUUACAAAAGAUUGA